CAGUAAAACAAUAGCCACAGGGGUUACGGAGAGGUGCUCACAGUUGACAUGAGAGGUGCGGUCAACUCCGAUGUUCAUAGUCCGAUAGCCGAAUCUUCUCAGACUUGUGUCAAUACUCGCCGGCCACAACACAGGAAGUAGUCACUCAGCUGUUUGAGGGGUGACUAUAAUUUCGUUCCACAACUGCAUUUUUUCUCAAUUGGGAUAAGUCAAGACGCAUGCUCAGGCAAACUACACAAUGAUGUUGUGGCCCCACUACGCAUUGGCGACAGCGCUUAUAUCAAGCACGGCUUUGGCAACACAGAAGGUGUUGGUGGGAGGGAAGGAGAAUCCCCUGAAUUCAAAUAUAUACAAGCUAGCCAUUGAAGCUCUGGAAGAAUGGCACGUCCCGGGACUAUCGAUCGCUAUAGUCGAUGGUGAGGAUACUUGGGCUGCGGGCUACGGUAACGCAACGCUCCCAUCGACGCCCGUGACGCCCUCAACCCUGUUCUACGGCGGCAGCACCACCAAGGCCUUCACCGCGGCCAUCGUCUCGCUCCUCAUCGACUCGGGGGCCUACCACCCGUCCCUGUCCUGGCAGACUCCCAUAUCGCAGCUGAUCCGCGACGACUUCGUCCUCCAGCCCGAGUACGCCUGGGCGCAGGAGCACCUGACGCUGGAAGACCUGCUCUCGCACCGGACGGGGUUCGCGCGGCACGACAAGUCGCUCGCGUCGCACCACCACCAGGGCGGCGACUCGUCCGAAGAAGAAGGAGAAGAAAAAGCCAGCGCGCGCUCGCUCGCGCGUUCCCUGCGCCACCUUCCCAUGGUCACCGAGCCGCGCACCACGUACCGGUACUGCAACCUCAUGUAUCUGGUGGCGUCGCACGCGAUCCAAACCCUGACGCGGACCGGGCUGGGCGCGCUGAUGCGCGACUGGAUAUGGGGCCCUCUGGGCAUGCACAGCACGUACUUCUCGCUCGAGGAGGCGCUGGCGGCGCCCGAGCACCUGGCCGCCGGGUACUACUGGGACUAUGAUGCCGGGGACGGCGGGUUCGCGCGGGUGCCGUACAUGGGGCUGCGGGAAGCGAGUGGUGCGGGCGCCGUCGUGAGCAACGUGCUCGACUACGCCAGGUGGGUGCGGUGCCUGGUGGACGAGGCGGCACCGCUGAGCAGGCGCGGCCACGGGGCCCUCAGGACGCCCAGGAUCGUGCCGGCGGGCGGCGCCCAGGGCUACGACGGCGAGAUGAGCUAUGCGCUGGGCUGGCGCGUCAACACGUACAAGGGGCACAGGGUCUUCACGCACAGCGGCGGCAUGGAGGCGUACGGCGCGGACGUGUGGUUCUUCCCGGAGCUGAGAUACGGAAUUGUGACCAUGGGGAACACUGCCGUCACGAGCAACUUUGUCGGUAGAAUGGUGGCGUGGCGGCUGAUCAAUGACAGGCUGGGCGUGCCGGAGGAGCAGAGAUACGAUUGGCACUCGCAGUUUGAGCAAUCGCUGGAGGAUCUCAGGGGCCAGUUCGACAAGGCCGAAGACAAGCUCUAUCCAGACCGAGCACAGCCGCCAUUGCCUCGAGCCCUCCCGCUGGAAGAGUACACUGGGACGUAUUUCCAUCCGGCGUAUCGUAACCUCACCAUCGCGCUCAGCGAUGCUGCCGAACAGCUCAGGGCCGUGCGCAAAGACUCAGUGUGGAAGAUGACGUUUGACUUUGGUCGUGUGUCGGGUGAGUUUUGGGUGAUUUACAUUGACAUGUUGAAUACACCGAACAAACUCAAUGGACAGCUUGCGAAGGCGGAGUUCGUCAUUGGGCCAUCCGGAAAAGUGGACAAGCUGAUCGUCGAGUUUCUGGAGGAGGGCAGUGAGGGCAUCAUCACAUUCGACAAGAUAAUGUAAGGCAUGUGAGACCAGGGUUUCAAUUCAAAAAAUAAAUU